ACCAGCAGCUGCGUGUGUGGGAAGAAGAAAAUUCUUUUUCAUAGAUAAUUAUAAACGGAAUAAUUUAUUUUGAAUCAUGAAGGAACUCUCCCCUGACGCUGUGCUGCUGUCUUUUGCACAUUUAUGUUUCCUCUGUAGUUUUAUGGACGGGGUUUGCGCUCAGGAGGCUGCAGGUGAUGAUGAUGCGCUCCGGCGGGGGUUGACAUGGCAACAUAACGGUCAGGUUUUUAGCAUCCUGAGCCGCGGAUCCCAGUACCGGCCGUCCGACAGGAGGCAGGCCGGGUCACCCAACCGCGGCAACCCUGUGGUGGUCGUCAGCAGCGGUAACGACACGGUUCCCGCCGCGUCCCGGGGCUCCCCGCGUGUCCCCGCAGCCAGUGGCGCUGCGCAAUUGCGCGCGGUGACGCGCCAGCAGCAGCGCCCGCCGCCCGGCAGCGACAGAGACUCUGCACCGGUCAGACGGGAGGACAUGAUGGUCGGAGACGAUCCGUAUGACCCGUACAAGGCUUCCAACUAUUAUCCCUAUUAUAACUACUACAACUCGUACUACAGACCCAGACCCAGGACUCAGCCCCGGCACGGAUACGGCACCAGCUACCACCAGAACGGUCUCCCUGAUCUGGUUCCUGAUCCAUACUACAUCCAGAUCGCCACCUAUGUCCAGAGGAUGCCCAUGUACAACCUCCGCUGUGCUGCUGAGGAGAACUGCCUUGCCUCUUCCUCCAGUUAUGCUCAGGAUUAUGACACCAGAGUUUUGUUGAGGUUCCCUCAGAGGGUGAAGAACCAGGGAACAGCUGACUUCCUGCCCAGUAAACCUCGAUAUGCCUGGGAGUGGCACAGCUGUCAUAAUCACUUCCACAGCAUGGACGAGUUCAGCCUGUAUGAGCUGCUGGACUCCCAGACUCAGAGGCAGGUAGCUGAGGGUCACAAGGCAAGCUUUUGUCUGGAGGACACUUCCUGUGAUCCGGGAUACUACCGCCGCUUCGCCUGCACCUCACACACUCAGGGUUUGAGUCCAGGUUGUUAUGACACGUACAACGCUGACAUUGACUGUCAGUGGAUCGACAUCACUGACGUCUCUCCUGGAAGAUACAUCCUCAAGGUGACAGUAAAUCCGAGGCAGCAGGUUCCAGAGUCCAACUUUAACAACAACGUGGUUCGUUGUGACGUCCAGUACACCGGCACCGCCGCUCACAUCUCUGGAUGCACCAUGACAUCCUACUGAGAUGAAUUCUGCAGUUUGAGUUUGAAAAGAAGAAUGAAGCUUGAAGUUACAUGUGACUUAAAUAAUUCAAUUAUAACUGGAUUAAAGCAAAUACUGAUUAUUAGCUGUAAUAAAACAACUGAACCAUUACUUUAUAUUAAUUUAGUCAAAACGAAUGGAUUACUAAUCAGUUUAAUUACAGAAGCAGGUAUUCAUGUCAGUAAGAAUACACCAGGAUUAAGUAGCCCACAUUUAGCCUGCUCCAUUUCUGGACUUCAGUAAAUUCAAAGGUUCUGGAUGGUUGCACCAUCUAUUUAUAGAUCCAAGAGUUUGUGUGUCCUAUUUAAGAUCUUAAUCACUAACCAGUUUCAAAUUAUUGCUUUAAUAUUGUGAUGCGUAAAUAAAACAUUUGCUUUCUAACUAAGUUAUAGGCAAAGUCUGAUCUGAAUAGGUGGUGCAAAUGGACCCCGGUACUUGAGUAUUUCUAGAAAGGGAGAUUUUCUACUUUUCCUCCACUACACUACUUUUUACUCCACAUUUAUCAGCUCCUGGUUACAAACGUUUUAUGUACUGUGCAGAUUUACUCUUACAUUAAAUGUUAAAAAAAAUUGACCAGGAGGCUAUUAGAUCUAGAUAUUAGGCAGUAUUCUGUUUUCCAAACAAUUACACAAAAGACCAAGUGUCAGAGAGAGCAGGGAUAGUUUGUUAGUUAUAAAGGUUUCAGUCUUUAUGUUAUAGUAGUUAUAUAGGUUUUUUUUCUUUUGAUCUACUUUUCUCAUGGUCAGGGUAAAGAUUUUUUGUUCUUGAUCAACAAAUACAUUUUUUAAUGCCAAGAAAUCUAUUUUAUUGAGAAAACUGUUAAUAUUUUCAGAUGAAGAGCUAACAAAACCACUUUCUCAUGAUCACAGAAUAAUACUUUUGUGAUCACAGUUACUUACUGCAUGUUCUACCUUAGCUCCUGUAGACUUUUAUUCCAUAUAUGAUAUAACUGACAUUUUAAUGUUAAUUUAAUGCUCCUUAUUUGUGAAAUUGCACAAUGACAGUUUCUGGGCAUUUUCAGAGAAAGCAGUUUGCGUUUUAAACUUCCUGUAGGCUUUUUUUUUUCACUAAUGGUGUUUUUCUUGUUUUUAUUGGUGCUGUGGAAUAGAUCUUAGAUUUUUGGUGCUUUACGUGCUUUCUACUUUGUGCCGUUUUGUGUCCCCAAACUGAAUCGAACCAAAAAUAUUCAGGGACAAAAAAAAGGAAAUCCUGCUGGAAGUCAGACUUACAAAUUAAAGUGUGUUUCUGUUGGUGAACACUGUAUAGAGUGUAUGUAUACAGAGUACACAGUGGGUGUACUUGUACUUGUACAACCUGUAACCACACAUACCUACAGAGCUGUGUAUAGGCGAGCUCAUAUCUUAUCUUAUCAACCUGCAUUACUGCUUCAUAUCCCAUUAAUAAAGUUAGCUUGAA